GUGCGCGUGCGCGCGGGCGGCUGAGAAACGAAUUUUGCGCCGCGAAGCUGUGCCGGGAGGUGGUGGCUGCUCUGGGCGGGCGGUCGCGGCGACUCCACGUGCUCCCCGCGGCCGGUUUCAACCGUUGGCGGACGCGGGCUGAGGGGUGAGGAGCGGCGGCUCAGAGGCAAUGCUUGCUAUCUUCAGUUGGAGAGACUGAUGUCACAUGGUGUGUUUUUGACAAGACUCACAGUCUCUCUCGCAUAGAGCACAGCGCGGCACUCAGUGAACCAUGGUGUUUUUCACCUGCAACGCGUGCGGGGAGUCGGUGAAGAAGGCGCAGGUGGAGAAGCACCUGGCCGUGUGCCGCGGCUGCGAGUGCCUCUCCUGCAUCGACUGCGGCGCCGACUUCUGGGGCGAUGACUAUAAAAGCCACGUGAAAUGCAUAAGUGAAGAUCAGAAGUACGGUGGCAAAGGCUAUGAGGGUAAAACCCACAAAGGCGAUCUCAAACAGCAGGCGUGGAUUCAGAAAGUUAAUGAAUUAAUAAAAAGACCCAAUGUCAGCCCCAAAGUGAGAGAACUUUUAGAGCAAAUUAGUGGUUUUGACAACAUCCCCAGGAAAAAGGCAAAAUUUCAGAACUGGAUGAAGAACAGUUUAAAGGUUCACAAUGAAUCGGUCCUGGAGCAGGUGUGGGAUAUCUUUUCUGAAGCUUCCAGCAGUGAACCAGUCGGUAAAGGGCACGAUCAACAGCCACUCAACCAAGCGGCAAAGCCGCCUGCAGAGAUCUCCACCAAGGUGGCACCUUCCAAAGCACAUGACACCGUGGAAGGGCAAGUAGAGGCGAAGAAAAAUAAGAGAGAAAGGAAGGAGGAGCGGCAGAAGAGCAGGAAAAAAGAAAAGAAAGAACUAAAAUUAGAAAACCACCAAGAGAAUUCGAAGAGUCAGAAGACUAAAAAGCGAAAAAUGAGACAGGAGGCGGAGCCGGAGGCCGGAGCGGGGGAUGCCCCCGAGGCCGCCAGCCCCGCGGGGAAGAAGGGCCACAGGAAGAAGAACAAGGGCCAGCGUGCGGAGGACGGGGCAGCGGAUGGAGCCUCGGACCAGGCAGAGGCCCGGGCCGGUCCCGGAAAGAGGAAGCGGAAGCUCUCCGAAGUUGAAGCAGAUUCUAAGAAGAAAAAGAUAAAGCUCCCAGGACAUUCUGAGGGCGGAGAACCAGAAAACCACGAAGCUACUCCUGCAAAAGGUAAAUUCAACUGGAAGGGGACGAUUAAAGCGAUUCUGAAGCAGGCACCAGACAACGAAAUAGCAAUCAAAAAGUUAAGGAAAAAGGUUUUGGCUCAGUAUCACGCGGUGGCAGAUGAACGGCACCGGUCUGAAGAGGAGCUCCUGGUCAUCCUCAAUAAGAAAAUCAGCAAGAACCCCACCUUCAAGUUACUGAAGGACAAGGUCAAGCUUCUGAAAUGAACAUUUUUAUAUUUAUAAAUUGAGUAUAUUCUGUUGAUUUCUUCUUUUCACUGCUGUUUGUAAAACAUGUAAUGAAUAAUAACACCUUACGUUUUGCUUUCCUACCUGGACUUUUAAGUUAAGAAGAAUAUAUAUUUUUGGUAGAACUUUUAUGAGAAUAAACUAUAUUGUCCAAAAUACUAAA